CCCGGAUCUCCCAAUCCGAUGAAUAAAAGAACCAUGUAUGCAACUAGAGAUGGUGGAUAUGAAAUCAUUUGGUUUUAAUUUCAGCUAAUAUGCUCGUUAUGUGAAUUAUUGAACGAAAGCAUUUGAUACUUUAUGAUCAGUUUUUAAUAAAAUGUUAUGAUGGAGAGUUCAGGAGGAAAAGAAAAAUCAACUUCUCGACUGCUUGUGCUAAGUCCAAUUGAUGUGAAAGAUGAGCUUGAUGAAAAGCUGGAGAGAUGCUACAAUAUAAUCUUGAGUCUGUCUGGUAAUGGUUCAGAGAGAGAAAUUAAUGAUGCUCUGAAUGGUUAUGUUGCCAAGGGAAACCAACAGCAUGAUGAGGUACAAAUGGGAUUGCUGUAUAGCAUCCUUGCUGACCCAAAGAUGCAGAUUAAAAGUUUUCGAGAACUUACCUUAGUGGCCAGAGAUGGACUCACAUGUCUCCUUACAAAAAUAAAUCAAAUUGUUUAUGAAAAAUGGCUUAAACUGCUUGAUUCAACAAAAACUCAGAUGCUCUGGUUGUGUCGGGAGCUUGUUAAGAUGAAUGCACAAGGUGCAGACAGUGUUUGCAUUGGCAUUAUUAGACAGGUUGUUGGAGGGGACAUAUCUCAAAGAAAUAUUUGGUUGGCUGAGAAUAUGUUGGAUCUCUUUCUAGACAACAAACCAUUCCUUGCCAAAAACAUAUCUUUGAUGGCUACAGUGGUCUACACAUAUUUAAGGAUUAUUGUUGAUCAUGGUGCACCAGUUUUAGGCGCACUACGUCAAAAAGAAGUGGAAUUGUGUGUCAAUCUUUUAAGAACACAUUGGCAAGAAUGUAUGCAGAUAGGAAGAGAUCUUGUUAGGUUAUUACAAAACGUUGCCAGGAUUCCAGAGUUUGAAUUAUUGUGGAAGGACAUAGUAUUAAAUCCAACCUCAUUGUCCCCAACUUUUACCGGUGUUGCUCAGUUACUGCAAAUAAGAACUUCAAGGAAAUUUUUGGUUGGAAGGUUAACCCCUGACAUGGAGAACAAACUCAUUUUCCUCAUUACCAAGGUGAGAUUUGGAACACAAAAACGUUACCAAGAUUGGUUUCAGAGACAGUACCUGUCAACGCCUGAGAGCCAAUCAUUACGUUGUGAUCUGAUAAGAUACAUCUGUGCAGUUUUUCACCCAUCCAAUGAGCUGUUGUGUUCAGAUAUCAUACCUCGUUGGGCUGUCAUUGGCUGGCUGCUCACAACUUGCACUUCAAAUGUUGCAGCUUCUGAUGCAAAAUUAGCACUUUUUUAUGACUGGCUUUUCUUUGAUCCAGAGAGGGACAGUAUUAUGAACAUAGAACCAGCUGUUUUGGUAAUGUUUCACUCCAUGAGGCCACACCCAGCAAUCACAGCCACACUACUAGACUUUAUGUGCCGGAUAAUGAACAAUUUUAGCCCUUCACACACACCACAGAUAAGAAACAGCAUAUUUACAGCAUUGCGAACUAUCUUAGAGAAAAGAGUUCUACCAUCCCUUUCUCCCCUGUUUGACAAUCCCAAGCUGGACAAGGAGCUGAGAAACCUGUUGCGAGAACAUUUCACAGAAUUUUGUAGUCAAGAAGGUAGUACUCAUUCUAAGAUUACCCCCAAACUAUCACAGACUCAUUGUGAAAUAAAUAACAUGUCAGAUAGGGAGGAAAAGGAGAAUGAAGAUGAAAGUUGGAAUAGAAAAGUGAAAGAGGAGUUAUCCCCCAAGGAUGAAUUAGACAUGGACACAGCCAACAACCACACAGGAGAGAACAAUUUAUCUGAUGCUUGUUUUAGUGAUGAUGAGGAAGAUAAUGUGCCUUUGGGUAAAUUAAAAGAUGAUGUGGGCUUCCGCCCUAUAAAAGAGUCAUCAGCUUACGUUCCCCUUGACAUAACUGAGUUCAUGAACCAGCUUAGCGGCCAGAUUCAUGACCUGACUGUUGAGUUGCAAGGAGAGAGAAAUCAAGAAAUGCAGUGUGAUUUGACUGACAAAUUAAUGCAAGUUGUCAUUCAAGAGGAUGAUUUUGAUCAGGAUCAAGCAUCAGUACUGGCAACUUGUUUGUGUCAAAUUCUAAGUCCACAGUUCCACAAGAAAUUAUUUCCUCAAGAAAUAGAUGAAGAGUCAAUAGAAGAUUCGAUAGGCUCCCCUUUGUUUGUUAUAUUCAGAUUUCUAAGUCAAAUGUCAGAGGAUGACCCAAGACGUCAGCCUGUUUUCCUUCUGUUAGGAGAAAUGUAUCUCAAGCAACCUCGUAUUGGCUACAUGUUGUUAUAUUUUCUUAAAGUCAGCAAAGGCAGUGACGACAAGUUGUCUCUGUAUAAGGAUUUUUGUCAAAACAUGGACAACAAAGAUUUAAAAUCAUGUUUAGUUACUGAUUUGGAGCUAUGUCAAACCGAUGAUGUCAGAUUAUUUACAUAUCUAAUUCCAGAUAUUUAUACACAUUUUCCCAACAUUGCCGUGGGGAAUGCAACAAUUUUGAAUCUGAUUGUUUCAAGUAUAGAUGGCUCACAGCUCCAGGAUCUGAUUUGUCAAAUAUUACAAGGCCAUCUCUUGAUGUUUAAAAGCAGGGAAACUUUUCUGUCCAUUCUCAAUGCAAGCUUAGAUUGGGAAACAAUAGAGCAGUACUUUUUGUGGCAACUAGUCAUGGCACACAACAUCCCUGUCGAACACAUACUUCCUAUUCUUCCCAAGUUGGAGUUCAGUUCCAAUGCUGAAGCCUUGACCAGUCUGAUGGUUCUAUUAAAGCAAGUCAGCCCUAGCUGGGACAUCUUAAGGCCAGUUUUAUCCAGAGAGUGUAAGAAAACAGACUUCUUCACUGUGUCCAUACUCAAAUAUUGGGCUCAGGAGCAUGAGGACAGAUUAGCAGAGCUCAUAAACCACCAACUCACUAAGCUAAAUGGCACUCCAAAGAAAAGACAGAGAACUGGGAGCACCAAAAAGGAUCAUCCUACAGUUGAUCAGAUUUUAGCCCACCUUGAUCAUAUGCGACAAGUGUGCCGUAAUAUCUCAUUUUUAAACCAUGAAAAUGUCCAACAUGCACUCCAACAAGUACAGAUAACUGCAAGUGAAGCUCAGAAAACAAAGUACAGUGAUUUGCUAGCUCUAGCAGAAGACAUAGAUGACAUAAAGACUGUUAGGGUUUUGCGAGGCAGAAAAGCUUCAAAUGCUAGUGGUUUAAGCCCUAAAUAUUCAAAGAGCAAAAAAUCAGCUGAAAGUGACAGUGGGAGUGACUCUUCAGAUGAUGAGAUAAAACCUCAGACCAAAAAACGGAAAAAGAUUUCUCCGAAUGUAGUAGAGGACGACAGCGACUGAUGUAUCUUCAGGAAUGUACAGAGUUCACCAGACACAUUGACCAUUAUCAUUGCUUUUAUGUUUGUUUUUUUAUCCAUUCACUCAUUGUUCACAUGUACAUGGUUUUUACUGAUUUUAGCCCUCUCACUUUCACAUGUGAUGACAGACUUAUUACAUUGCUAUGUAUACCUUUUUAUGUCAUGAUUCAUGAAAUAUCAACAAAUAUGUCCUUUUUAAUAAGGAACUUAGUUUUGAAAGGAAAUGUUUGAUUGUGUUGAAACAGUCUUAAAAUGGCAACUCUUACCCCCUUUGUGGCACUGGUAAUUCAAUGGUUAGCAACCAUUCAGCAGUGUUCUCUCCCUUGUGUGAUUGGUUAAUGGCUAAGUUCUGGAAUUGAUGGAUCAAAUCAAAGGCACCAUUUUUAAUAUAUGCCACUGAAGUUAGUUAUUUAUAUAUUUAUUUAAAAUAAUGGAACAUUUUUACGGUUGGUAAAAAAACCAAAUUUUAACUUCACAUAGAAGCAGUAGUGUAACAAGGGGUUUUUCUUUAAAAAUUUCCGUUAUCUUCACUUUAGCCUGAAAAUUAAUAUUUUAGAUCAUAAGGAAUAUUAGGUCUAAAAGUCUUAAAUUGGAUCACAUCAAAAGUCUUUAUAGAAACUUUAAUGGAAUAAUUAGCAUUUUUAUAACCAUUUAUUUAUUAGUUUAGGGAGAGAUUUAAUACUUUGUAAAAAAUUAUUUGCUGAAUUAAAAAUAUAACAUAAGU